AUGGGGCUCCCGGCGCUGGAAUUCAGCGACUGCUGCCUGGACAGCCCGCACUUCCGAGAGACGCUGAAGUCGCACGAAGCGGAGCUGGACAAGACCAACAAAUUCAUCAAGGAGCUCAUCAAGGACGGGAAGUCCCUCAUCAGCGCGCUCAAGAAUUUGUCUUCAGCGAAGAGGAAAUUUGCAGAUUCCUUAAAUGAAUUUAAGUUUCAGUGCAUAGGAGAUGCAGAAACAGAUGAUGAAAUGUGUAUAGCAAGAUCUUUGCAGGAGUUUGCCAGUGUUCUCAGGAAUCUUGAAGAUGAACGGAUACGGAUGAUUGAGAAUGCCAGUGACGUGCUCAUUACACCUUUGGAGAAGUUUCGGAAGGAGCAGAUUGGGGCUGCCAAGGAAGCCAAAAAGAAGUAUGACAAGGAGACAGAGAAGUAUUGUGGAAUCUUAGAAAAACACUUGAAUUUGUCUUCCAAAAAGAAAGAAUCUCAGCUUCAGGAGGCAGACAGUCAAGUGGACCUGGUCCGGCAGCAUUUCUAUGAAGUAUCUCUGGAGUAUGUCUUCAAGGUUCAGGAAGUCCAAGAGAGGAAGAUGUUUGAGUUCGUGGAGCCUCUACUGGCAUUCUUGCAAGGACUUUUCACUUUCUAUCACCACGGUUAUGAACUGGCCAAGGAUUUCAGCGACUUCAAGAUGCAGCUGACCAUUAGCAUACAGAAUACAAGAAAUCGCUUUGAAGGCACCAGGUCAGAAGUGGAAUCACUGAUGAAAAAAAUGAAGGAGAAUCCCCUUGAGCACAAGACCAUCAGUCCCUACACCAUGGAAGGGUACCUCUAUGUUCAGGAGAAACGUCACUUUGGAACUUCUUGGGUGAAGCACUACUGUACAUAUCAGCGGGAUUCCAAACAGAUCACCAUGGUACCAUUUGACCAAAAGUCAGGAGGAAAGGGGGGAGAAGACGAGUCGAUCAUUCUCAAAUCCUGCAUCCGGCGGAAAACAGACUCUAUUGAGAAGAGGUUUUGCUUUGACGUAGAAGCAGUAGACAGGCCGGGGGUUAUCACCAUGCAGGCUCUGUCGGAGGAGGAUCGGAGGCUCUGGAUGGAAGCCAUGGAUGGCCGGGAGCCUGUCUACAACUCGAACAAAGACAAUCAGAAUGAAGGAACUGCACAGUUGGACAGCAUUGGCUUCAGCAUAAUCAAGAAAUGCAUCCACGCUGUGGAAACCAGAGGUAUUAAUGAGCAAGGGCUGUACCGAAUCGUGGGGGUCAAUUCCAGAGUGCAGAAGUUGCUGAGUGUCCUGAUGGACCCCAAAACAGCUUCUGAAACAGAAACGGAUAUCUGUGCGGAAUGGGAGAUCAAGACCAUCACUAGUGCUUUGAAGACCUACCUAAGAAUGCUUCCAGGGCCACUCAUGAUGUACCAGUUUCAAAGAAGUUUCAUCAAAGCAGCAAAGCUGGAGAAUCAGGAGUCUCGGGUGUCUGAAAUCCACAGCCUUGUUCAUCGGCUCCCAGAGAAAAACCGCCAGAUGUUACAGCUGCUAAUGAACCACUUGGCAAAUGUUGCUAACAACCACAAGCAAAAUUUGAUGACAGUGGCGAACCUUGGCGUGGUGUUUGGACCCACCCUGCUUAGGCCUCAGGAAGAAACAGUAGCCGCCAUCAUGGAUAUCAAAUUUCAGAACAUUGUUAUUGAGAUCCUGAUCGAAAACCAUGAUAAGAUAUUUAACACCGUGCCUGAAACGCCUCUCACCAAUGCCCAGCUGCACUUGUCUCGGAAGAAGAGCAGUGACUCCAAGCCCCCGUCCUGCAGUGAGAGGCCCCUGACGCUCUUCCAUGCCACGCAGUCGACAGAGAAACAGGAACAAAGAAACAGCAUCAUUAACUCCAGUUUGGAAUCUGUCGUCUCAUCAAAUGCAAACAGCAUCCUUAAUUCUAGCAGCAGCUUACAGCCCAACAUGAACUCCAGUGACCCAGACCUGGAUGUGCUCAAACCCACCCGGCCCAACUCACUCCCCCCGAAUCCAAGCCCAACUUCACCCCUCUCGCCAUCUUGGCCCAUGUUCUCGGCGCCAUCCAGCCCUAUGCCCACCUCAUCCACGUCCAGCGACUCAUCCCCCAUCAGCACCCCGUUCCGGAAGGCAAAAGCCUUGUAUGCCUGCAAAGCUGAGCACGACUCAGAGCUCUCCUUCACCGCAGGCACGGUCUUCGAUAAUGUUCACCCGUCUCAAGAGCCAGGCUGGUUGGAGGGGACUCUGAAUGGAAAGACGGGCCUCAUUCCCGAGAACUAUGUGGAGUUCCUCUAA